AUGCCACCGGAAAGAUCACCGAGGCCCAGCAAUGCUGGCGUAACUAAAGUUCCUGCUGGCCCCAGUAAUACUGGUGCCUCUGGUAACACCAUUGUGUACGCUCUCCAGAGGUUGACAAGAAGGCAAGAAAGAGAACUUGCCGACAGAUUAGCAGGCACGAUCAACGUCCAGCACGCUCCUGUUAGAGAGGAUCACACUCGCCCUCAAACCCUUGAAGAAGCGACCUACAGGAACGUCGCGCUCUUCUUGCCGAUCGAGUAUUGGCCAAACCAAAGAAAUGUCGAAUCAGCAGCUCACAGAAUGCGCGCCGCCCUAACGAGCAAUCAAGCGUUUAGAUUUCAGAAUCUCGGGGACCCGCUAAGGCAGCAUUGGUACGCAGAUGAGGAAUCGGGACGAACAGUACAGCAGAUGUACAAGGGGUGGGGUGACCAGUUUGAUGAGAAGCUUAGACAGACACACCAAAACAUCCGGGCAGUAGCCAACGAACUCGGCAUGACUGACGAGGAUAGCCAAAACAAGGUGUGGAAGAGAAUGGAGAACAUCUUUGGUGACGCCGCGAAGAUCAAAAGGCUCGAAAAGGAACUCGCCUCGGCGAAGGAGCUUGUUGAGAGUUACCACACUCAGUACAACUUUCUAGAUCCAAAAAUCGAGUCCAACGCUAGGAAGAUAGAACGACUUCAGACGGACGUCAAAGCCAAGGACACGCUCAUCAGCAAGGCGGAUGCAGAGAGCGACAAGUACAGGGUUGACUAUCGUCUUCGCAUGCUCCUCCAGCAUUGGGGAAUCACGAAUGGGGAUCACCUGGACCCAACCCGGUGGCAAAAGUAUGACAAUGCGAACCGCUUUGCCGCGGAGUUUCAGGAAUAUCUCGACGACGUGCUGAAUGGCAUACCGACAUCUAGCGGCAACCUCCUGGUGCAGGUCAGGCCGCCCAUCGGUGUCAAGCAGCUGAUGCGUGUGGCCUCGGUACACCGAACCGUCCACGGGGUCGACCUUCUGGCCGACUGCCGAGUUGUAGCUCUGCGACUUGUUUCGGCUCGACAUGAUGAGGCAAACACCACCGAGGUGGGCCUGUUGCCCAAGGACCUUGAAGGUCGUUCAGAGGGCGAGACGUUGAGCCAGGUCUAUGUUCCUCCUCCGCCCCCUCCAACCGUAUCAGCGGUGACGACUGGCAUGGCACAGUUGACGACCUCUAGCCAAAGAGCCCAGCUCACGGAAGAGCAGCGAGAAGAGAGGGCCCGGGCGAUCAAGAUGGAAGCCCAGUUCUUGGUCGAGCCUGGAGCGACAAACGAGGAGCGUACCUGGCAAGCGCUGUUCGACGGGACAGUCCUUCAACUAUACAACCUGGACGCCAUCGCCUGCGAGCAUAUUCCCUUGACCGGACGCAAAUCGCUCACCAGUCGACAGUUGGAGGAACGCAACAUACUCCAGAGCCAUGUCGACUUCAUUAACAAAUGGGCUUCCAUCAUGGAGAUGGUGCACCUCUACGCCAAGAAGGCCCAGCUCCGUCCAGGCUCGUGGAAGCUGUGGGGCGGGCACUGGUUCAGAAUCCGAAACAGGAUGACGGAGCAAUGUUUCGGCGCCCACGAUACUCUCGCACCCGGCCAGAGCCCUUGGUCGAGAAGGACCAAGCGCGGCCUCUUUCACGACUACGUCGGCCUGUUUGGACAGACGUGCAAGCUCUUCAAUCAGCCGGCCUUGCAAACCGAAGAGUCGUUCAAGAAAGAGCUGCACCGGCUCGACAUGGAACGCUGGAACCUCUACCGGUAUGCCAUUCAGACAUGGACCCAUGGCGACGCCAGGGGCGGGAUCAACGACAACGGCCAGUACCGCGGUAAUCCGCCAAAGCCCACGCACCCCAAGAAGGCCAACAUAUGGGCGGAAUGGAACUGGAUCUAUGAGACCGAUCAGUGGAAGUAUGCGCCACGGCUAGACCCCAAACAGCCUCCUGGAGCUCGUAAGUGUUGGCAAGUCUCUGGUGGACUUCGAUGCUAA